GAGGAUGUGGUGGUGGAGGGGUUUGCGGUGGUGCGGGAGGCGGCGCACCGGGUGCUGGGCAUGCGGCACUAUGAUGUGCAGCUGAUCGGCGGGCUGGCGCUGCACGAGGGGCAGGUGGCUGAGAUGAAGACGGGAGAGGGGAAGACGCUGGUGGCCACGCUGCCCGCAUACAUCAACGCGCUCACGGGGCGCGGCGUGCAUGUUGUUACGGUGAACGCCUACCUGGCGCGUCGGGAUGCAGACUGGAUAGGCAAGGUGUUUUCCUUCCUGGGACUGACGGUGGGGGUGGUGACAGAGACGAGCACCACCGCAGAAAAGGCGCAGCACCUGCAGCGGGACAUCACGUACAUCACAGCCCGGGACCUUGCCUUCACCUACCUUUAUGACAAUACCGCCACCUCUCCCGGCUGGAUAGCCAUCCGCCGCCCACUGCACUACGCUAUCGUGGAUGAGGUGGACUCCAUUCUCAUCGGCCCCAACAGGCCACGCGCCUCCACCCCUCCCACUGCCUGCCUCCCUCAGCCUGCCGCCCCGUCCUGGUGUCGAGUGCAGGUGAUGGAGAAGCUGUGGCAGGUGGAGCGGGGCCUGGUGCGGCUGGCCACUGCGGGUGAUGGCCGGCUGGCGGUGGUACUGCAGAGCCCCGCCAAGAACUCCGCCGGCGACGUGCAGCUGGCCAUCACGACGGUACCGCUCCCCGCCGACGGCGGCGACGGCGGCCGCGGCCGCGGCCGCGGCAGCGGCAGCAUCAACGGCGGCAUGAGUGGCACCGAGGAGGUCUCCCCCCCGCCGCCAGCCUGCCCCGUGCAGUCCUGGGGCGUCUUCCUGACCCUGGCUGCCAAGGCCAGGUGGUGUUACACCAAAGAUGUUCACUACCUUGUGCGCAACAAUAAGGUGGUGCUGGUGGAUGUGCCCACGGGGCGGGAGCGGGCGAAGAGCGUGUGGCAGGAGGGCCUGCAUCAGGCUGUGGAGGCCAAGGAGGGCCUGCCCGUGACUGCCGAGCAGCGCACCUCCUCCUCCAUCUCCUACCAGGCCCUGUUUGCCUACUAUGCCAAGCUGGCGGGAAUGACGGGUACCGCCGUCACCGAGAUGAUGGAGCUGAACGAGUCGUACCGCCUGAAUGUGGUGCGCGUACCGCCGCACCGCCCCAGCGCCCGCAUCGACCGCCCCAUGCGCUGCUUCUACUUUGAGAAGGGGCGGGACUCUGCGGUGUGGGGCCUUCUCAGGGAUGCCCGCGAGCGGGGGCAGCCCGUGCUGAUCGGCACCGGCAGCGUGGAAGAAAGCGAGCGGCUG